GCUGCUCUCUGGCAAUUUUGGCUGCCUGAAUACGCCGCGCGUAUGGAACAUUACAGCGUUACUGCACCACGAAGAAGUCACGAUGCCCCCCAGUAAGAAGCAAAAAACCGCGGAGGUCUACAACGCGAGCGACGGGCCGCAGGAGGACAACACCCGCUAUGCCAACACGCUCCUGGAGGCCUUAGCGGCGCCGAACCUUCUCCACGCUCUUCAGGGCGCUGGUGGUCUGGUGGCGAGUUGGCACAUCGUCGGCGAGCAUAAUGAGGACGAGGUCGACGUGCUACGCGCCGCGGUGGAGACCGCGCAAGCCGCGCUGCAGCCGCCGGCGAACGUGCGGGAGGCGGACCGCACGCACCCCCUCGCGAAGUGGCCCCUCGUGGGGGACAAGGACAAGCUGGGCGAGGGCGCGCCGGACUCGUUCUUCGACGGCCAUCUGCCGGAAGGGGCCGAGACGCUGCGGAAGGAUCGAUGGACGCCCCAGCAGUGGGUGAUCUACCUUCAGGCCCUGUAUCAGCGGCAGUUGAAGCAUCCGUCGCGGCCCAAGUGCUGUUUUUGUCUUAGCAUGCUUAGUUAUAUCGAUGGAGACGCUCUGGUGCGCGCGCUGUUCCGGCAGGCCUACGGGCCCAUGUGGUUGGCUGACGGCGACUGCGUUCUUGUGAACAGGCUGUUGAUGGAGGCCAUCGCGGACCGGACGGUGCGCGCGUUAAUGAAGGAGGACGAAGAAAACGGCAAGGAGCAGUGGGACCGGACGACGGUGAUUAGCCCCCGGACCGACGAGAAGGGCGUCGCGAAGUUUGUUGGGUGGGAUAAGUCGAGCAAGAACGACACGGCGGCGCGGAAGGCGGCCGACUGUGCGUUACAGUGGUCUGCCGAUGGCGUCGCUGCCGGUGUCUACAAGUACUGCUCUCGGCUGCAGAAGUGCGACCAUGCUGCAAAGAUCUGGGCGGACGUGACGGCGACGGCGAUGCGCCACGGGUGCCUUGUCGAUGGCGGCGUCGAGCUGCCGGGCGACGCCGCCGUCUUCACCGCAUCAAAUGUGGAGGACAAGGACGUGUCGCUGGCUUUGUUGGAGGACGGCUCUGCUGGGAGACACGGCCGUCUGCAGUUAUUGGUACCUGUGUGGUGUUCAGUUUUGAAGGCGAUGAUCACGAUGCGCGUCAUUAUUGGUAGGAAGAGCGUGGACGCCGUCUCGGAGCCGUCGCUCGAGCAGACGACGGACACGCGGGACGCGGUCAUGCGGCUGAAGAACUUUGAGGGGUCGAAAACCGCGCUCAAGAAGGUCUACGCGGAGGCGAAUCUUGUUUAUAAAGCGGAGGGCAGGGCGAAGAACAGCAACGGUUCUACGAGUUGGAUCGUCGUCAAGAAGGGCAAGUACGAUAGGAACAAACCCGAGGUGCUGCAGGGGGACCUCACCGCGGGCCUCGGCGGUGCGGAACGGAUGCGCAAGGCGGCGCACGCGGUUGCUGGACGCGUGGCGCUGCGGCUGAAAUGCUCUGCUGCGGACCUCGCGGCCCACUGCGAGGACCCGAAGGAACGCGCCCAGAUGUACGCGAUCAUCGCGGCCGCGGCCGAGAAGGCGCGCGAGUCCCUGCCCGAAUUGGAGACGAUCCCGUCCAAGACCUUCAGCAACGGCAUGAUCAAGGACUUCGAGACCUUCGCGGGCGCCGUCGAGAAGGAGCUGAACCUCUCGGGCCUGGGCUGCAUCACGGGCGUCAAGGGUAGGAAGAAGUCGCGGCCGCGGCCGCGCGCGCGGUCGCCGUCGCGGUCGCGGUCGCCCUCGCCGUCGAGCGGCCCGCCGAGGAAGAAAAAGAAGGCGCCGCCUCCCAAAAAAAAGAAGAAGAAGAGCAACGCGGGCGGGAACCUGUUCUCGGACUGGACCGCUGAGGACUUCGCGGGCGGCGUCAACGGGCCGUCCGCGCCGCCGCGGCGCCGGCGCUAGGAAUCUAACUUAGUUGUUGUCUGUA